CGUGUGCCGUGCUCCUGUGUGCCGUGCUGUGCUUGCCAUGCUCCUGUGCGCCAUGUGUUGUGUGUACCAUAUGUACAUGCCAUGCUCCUGUGUGCCACAUUCCUGUGUUCCUGUGUGCCGGGUUUGUGUGUGUUGUGGUCAUGCAUGUGCCUCAUGGGUCCUCCCUCGCAGCACUGUGGGGAAGAGGCACCAGCCAGGGUGCAACUCUUGGUAAAUGUCCGCAAGGUCUGCCAGGCCCCAGCUGAAGUUAGGUGCCCCUCAGCUCUCCUCAGUGGAGGGUCUGCACCUGGAGCCUGGUGUGUCCCCAAGGGCACCCCCAAAGUGAGGCAGAGGAGGAGCCCCCUGCACUGAGGAGCAGGAGGCCCAGCCUUGAGCUGCAUCCCCAGCAGGAACCACCUGUGUGCCUGCCGGGCAGGAGAGGCCCAGGCUGGGGUCAGCAGCAUGAGGACAGCUGGCCAUGCAGCUCCUACAGCUUCCAGGCGUCAGACCCCAGCAGAAGAGCCGAGACCCUCAAGGAACGCUGCUCCAAAGCAGGCUGUGAGGUCACCACCGCCACCGCAGGGCCCUCCCCACCCAGCUGCAGCGUGGAGGCCUGGCUGGUCUGCAGCCCCCGACUCCUGACAGCACAGCCUUGAGUUGGAAGCCUGAAGCCCGCAGGGCUGGGUAGGAGGUGUUUCCGUGCCUGUGAAAAGCCCAGAGCUGGGUGUCUCUGCAUCCCUCCCAUGGCAGCUGAGCCCUACAGGCCCCCUGCCCCUGCUGCUUGCCACAGCCUGCCAGGCAACUCCAGAAAUGGGGGGUGCUGAGGGGCUCGGGCACAGGCAGGGAACAAGGCCACGGCCAGUGGUCAGCACAGUCUGCCUGCAGAUCGGUGUUGGCCACAGAGCCUGGCAGUGGCCUCAGGAAGAGUCUGAGGCACACACACUUUCAGGCCUGGAAAGCAAGGACUGCCACUGGGGCCCCAGGGCGUGGCAGGUAAGGAAAGCAAGGGUUUUGCUAAACAAAUCCUCUGCCUGCCCCCCGGCCCGGUCUCACUGCAUAUAAGGCGCCACUCGGGGCAGCCACCUGCCGUGCCUGCUGGAAGCUGCCCCUGCCAUGCUGGGCUCCGCUGUCCUGGGCCUCGGCCUCUGGGCGCUCCUGCACCUUAGGACAGGGGCCCCACUGUGCCUGUCACAGCAACUGAAGAUGAAGGGGGACUACGUGCUGGGGGGGCUGUUCCCCCUAGGCGAGGCCGGGGAGACUGCCCUCCACAGCCGGACGCGGCCCAACAGCCUCGUGUGCACCAGGUUCUCCUGGAACGGCCUGCUCUGGGCGCUGGCCAUGAAGAUGGCAGUGGAGGAGAUCAACAACCGGUCGGACCUGCUGCCGGGGCUGCGCCUGGGCUACGACCUCUUUGACACGUGCUCGGAGCCCACGGUCACCAUGAAGCCCAGCCUCAUGUUCCUGGCCAAGGCGAACAGCCACGACAUCGCCGCCUACUGCAACUACACGCAGUACCAGCCCCGCGUGCUAGCCGUCAUCGGGCCCCACUCCUCAGAGCUCGCCCUGGUCACGGGGAAGUUCUUUGGCUUCUUCCUCAUGCCCCAGGUCAGCUACGGGGCUAGCAUGGACCUGCUGAGCACCCGGGAGACCUUCCCCUCCUUCUUCCGCACGGUGCCCAGUGACCGUGUGCAGCUGGUGGCCACCGUGGAGCUGCUGCAGCAGCUCGGCUGGAACUGGGUGGCCGCCCUGGGCAGCGACGAUGAGUACGGCCGGCAGGGCCUGAGCAUCUUCUCGGGCCUGGCCGCGGCACGCGGCAUCUGCAUCGCACACGAGGGCCUGGUGCCGCUGCCCCAUGCCGAUAGCCCGUGGGUGAGCAAGGUGCAGGAGCUGCUGCCCCAGGUGAACCAGAGCAGCAUACAGGUGGUGCUGCUGUUUGCCUCCGUGCGUGCCGCCCAGGCCUUCUUCAGCUACGGCAUCAGCCGCAGGCUCUCGCCCAAGGUGUGGGUGGCCAGCGAGGCCUGGCUGACCUCCGACCUGGUCAUGGGGCUGCCCGGCAUGGCCGAGGUGGGCACGGUGCUUGGCUUCCUGCAGAGGGGUGCCCAGCUGCCCAAGUUCUCCCAGUACGUGAAGACGCACCUGGCCCUGGCCGCUGACCCGGCUUUCUGCGCCUCGCUGGGCGAGAGGGAGCAGGGCCUGGAGGAGCACGUGGUGGGCCCACGCUGCCCGCAGUGUGACGAUGUCACGCUGCAGAACGUGUCUGCCAAGCUGCAGCACCACCAGACGUUCUCCGUCUACGCAGCCGUGUACAGCGUGGCCCAGGGCCUGCACAACACUCUGCGCUGCAACGCCUCGGGCUGCCCGAUGCAGGACCCCGUGAAGCCCUGGCAGCUCCUGCAGAACAUGUACAACAUGACUUUCCGCGUGGCCGGGCUGGUGCUGCGUUUCGACAGCAGCGGGAACGUGGACAUGGAGUACGACCUGAAGUUGUGGGUGUGGCGAGGCCCAGUGCCCGAGCUGCACGACGUGGGCAUCUUCAAUGGCAGCCUCUGGCCGGAGCGCCUCAAGAUGCGCUGGCACACACCCGACAACCAGGAGCCCGUGUCCCAGUGCUCGAGGCAGUGCCAGGAGGGCCAGGUGCGCCGGGUCAAGGGCUUCCACUCCUGCUGCUACGACUGCGUAGACUGUGAGGCAGGCAGCUACCGACGCAACCCAGACGACCCCACCUGCACCCCUUGCCGCCACGACCAGUGGUCCCCGGAGCGGAGCACACGCUGCUUCCGCCGCAGGCCUCGGUUCCUGACGUGGGGCGAGCCGGCUGUGCUGCUGCUGCUCCUGCUGCUGGGCCUGGCACUGGGGCUUGUGCUGGCCGCCCUGGGGCUGUUCAUUCGCCAUCGGGACAGCCCACUAGUUCAGGCCUCGGGGGGGGCCCUGGCCUGCUUCGGCCUGGUCUGUCUGGGCCUGGUGUGCCUUAGCGUCCUCCUGUUCCCUGGGCAGCCCAGCCCUGCCCGCUGCCUGGCCCAGCAGCCCUUAUCCCACCUCCCGCUCACGGGCUGCCUGAGCACGCUCUUCCUGCAGGCGGCCGAGACCUUCGUGGAGUCGGAGCUGCCUCAGAGCUGGGCAGACCGGCUGCGGGGCUGCCUGCAGGGGCCCUGGGCCUGGCUGGUGGUGCUGCUGGCCAUGCUGGUGGAGGCCGCGCUAUGCGCCUGGUACCUGCUGGCCUUCCCACCAGAGGUGGUGACGGACUGGCGCGUGCUGCCCACGGAGGCACUGGUGCACUGUCGCACACGAUCCUGGGUCAGCUUCGGCCUGGUGCACGCCACCAACGCCAUACUGGCCUUCCUGUGCUUCCUGGGCACCUUCCUGGUGCAGAGCCAGCCCGGCCGCUACAACCGUGCCCGUGGCCUCACCUUCGCCAUGCUGGCCUAUUUCAUCAUCUGGGUCUCCUUCGUGCCCCUCCUGGCCAAUGUGCAGGUGGCCCUCAGGCCCGCCAUGCAGAUGGGCGCCUUCCUGCUUUGCACCCUGGGCAUCCUGACUGCCUUCCACCUGCCAAGAUGUUACCUGCUCCUGUGGCAGCCGGGGCUCAACACCCCCGAGUUCUUCCUGGGAGGGGCCCAGAUGCCCAAGGUGGGAAUGGUGGUGGAGACAGAGGAAGCUCAGGGAAAAAAAUGAGUGACUCUGACCCUUUGACCUCAGCCCUGGUGAACCCGGAACUAGUUGAGAUGUCCCCUAAGCCAGCAAUGACCAGUGUGCCCUACAGAGACUCUCGAGCUCUAGAUUCUGACUCUGGGUUGCUGCCUGACCCUGACCCCACAGUGAUCCCUGGGCCUGCAGCAUGUGGACGCCCCUGUGACCAUCUGGGCCCCAGAGCUGAGCUCUGUCCCUGUCCCUCUCCACCCAGACCAGGCCUUCCCAGGUGACCCAGCCCCACUGUUCCAGGAUGCCUGGAGGGCUUCCAGCAUCCCCGAAAUCCACCCUGUGAGCUCAGGAAAAAGACGCAGGAAGGCCCCUAGUCAGAUGGCUGGAAGUCCAUGCCAAGCCCUACCAACCUGACCAUGCCUCUUGGGGGGGCCCCACCCACCCAGCAUCAGGCCCAGACACCAGAGUAUUUGGAGGCUGGGUGUGGGGACACAGGCGUUCACACAGGGCAGACCCCACCCCCAGGUGGGAGUGGCACCUGGCUUCCUUCUCUGCCCCUGGCCCAGUGGAUAGUGUCAUGACUCACCAGAACUAGGGACAGAACCCAGGUGGGGUGUGGGCAGGGACCAGGAGCCAGCACCAUGGACAGAAAACUGCACACCGGGGUCCGAGAUCAGCCACCCCCCAGGCCCACGCAGGGUCUCAGGUCAGAGUCCCAGGGUCAGCUCCCAGCCGGGCCUCGUGGAGGCCUGACCAGUCCCCCACGCCUCAUUCCAAGACAGCCCAGCCAGACAGAAGGGGCACAGGCCACACGUCCAUCCCAUAAAAUUAAACGCUUUUUAGUGUUUAAAAUAAGCAGCAUUUACACAGA